AUGGCCACCCAGAAGCAAGAUCCCCUUGAUGUCUUGCAACAGACCAUCAAUGAUAUUUUGGUUCAAACGGGAAAGGCGCUAAAGGCCGCCCAGAGCCAGGGACCUCGCAACAUCGAGCAGGUCAAAGGCAUUCUGUCUGCCCGGAUGACAGAGUCGGUGGAGUCUUAUCACCGUGCCCUCCAGGAUAUCGACGUUGAUAUUAUUCAAGCAAAAUCCGUCUUGCAGAGAGAUUUAGAGAAGGUCAGGGCCAGCAAGGCGGCGGCGGCUGCUCAACAGACGUCCCCUGUGGUUACAAAGAUCGAGCCCCCAAAGCCGGCAUUCCAGUCCCCCGUACCGGCCCCUGUAAUUCCCAAGGCGGCUUCCAAGGCGCCGACGCCUAAGAUGCAGCAGAAACAGCUCCAGCAACAGCAGAAGCGAAAUGCUGCUGCGCAAAAUGCUGCGGCCGCCGCUAAUAAUCGGCCCGUUGCCCCGUUCCCCGACAUGGGAAUCGAUAUGCCUGCACCGCCUCAACCCGUCAAGUCACCCGUCGUGACCAAAAAAGAAGCCAAAUCUUCAUCGGUGACGCCAAAAACCAAGGCGUCUACCCUCCCUGGUAAGGGCGAGGCCAAACGAUCGCCAGCGAUUAAGUCCUCCACGCCGAUUCCGGUGCCGGUGAUUCCAACCGCACCGACUGCAGCUCGGGUUGCUCCUCCUCCUCCUCCCCCAGCCCCGACCCCGCCCAUGUCUACAGUACCUCCCCCUGCUCCAGUCCCGGUAAUGGACCCAACUCCAACCGCCGCCAACCAGUUUAGCCUACCACCGAAUAUGAUACCCGCCGGAACUAACUUUACCGACAUGGAGUUCAUGGUGGCGCAAGGUAGCGACCCUGCUAAUCAAACCGCGGGCCAGAACAUGUCGCUCGACAUGGGCGGAAACAUCGACACCAUAGACCUGGAUAGCUUCUUUGAUCCUCCCGCACCGAUGGGUAAUCAGCAAGGCGUCGCCCCUACCGCCCCCAUGGCUAUUGACAGCGGACCAAGCGCUUCGAACCAGAAGAGCCAGCCCCCCAUGCUCGGCCACGACGAUAUUUAUGAUUUGGGUAGUGCUACGACCGACUCGAUGGAUCUCGACUUUGGUCUAGGCCAAGGUGGAGGGAGCAGUUAUAUAGACGACCUCUUCUUCGGGUCUGGAGAUGGGAGUCUAGGUGAUUUGGGCGACUCUAAUAGUGUCUUUAACUCGUAG